ACAAUUAUUUAGACUAAGUUUUGAUUAAUAUUAGUGGCAACUGAUACUGAUACACGUAUAAGCCGAUACGGCAAAGCAUUCUUCAGUCUUGUUAUUGGUAUCCUACUAUUUAUAUAAGUCUUAUUACUCUGUUUUUUAGCUUUAGUCUUCUUUCUGUAUCUCAGUUGGGGCAACACACUUUUUUGCUUCUUCUCUUGAAAUGCAGAAAACUAAACUGUUUUCUUUCAUUUGUUUGUUUCUACGUCUAGGAAUAUCUCCUUAAAUAGGCAAUGGGUUAGAGAUCCUUUCAGAAAUCAGUUUUUUUAUUUCUUCUGUUUGGGUGUUUGUAAUCGACUUCUUGUUCAUCUAUAAGACGUUUGAUAUUAGGUGUGUGGGUUUCUCGGGAUUCAGUUUUAUUUGAGAAAUAUCAUGGAAGAGGUUAGUUGUGCUGUAGAAGUGGAUGUUAAUGGCGAAGCAACUUUCUUGGUAAAUAAGAGUAUUCUUGCAUCUUUCUCAGGUAGAAUAAGCAAAUUAUUUGGCAAAUCGACGGAAUUAGAUUCGAAGCUUAAGGUGAUAUUCUAUGACUUUCCAGGGGGGGCAGAGGGCUUUGAGCUCAUGGCAAGGUUUUGUUAUAACAAUGGUAAAAUUCAGAUAACGCCAUUUAAUAUCUGUGUUUUGCAUUCUGUUGCUCAUUUCAUGGAAAUGACUAGAGAUUCAUCUGGAAAUGGAACUUUGGUUGAGCAAACUGAUAAUUGCAUAGAAGAAAUUGGGUAUUGGAGCUGGUCUGAACUUGUGGUAGCCUUAAAGCAGUGUCAAAUUUUGAUCCCAAGCGCGAUUUCUUCAGUUUUGCUUGAUAAAUGCUUAGAGUUCACAGUAGCAAAGUUGGUUUCAGUCUGUGAUGAGAGUUCAUCAAUUUCUUCGCCUGACAGCUCUGGUUUCCGGUAUUCCUGUGACACAAAAAGCACCGAAAGUGGGAAGCACAAUAGCUGUCGGCCGAAUUGGUGGUUUGAGGAUCUUACGUUUCUGAACCAGUGUUUGUUGGAGAAAUUGAUUAAGGUAAUGUUGUCCCGGAAAUUCGACCAAUUGACCAUCAGUAGAUUUCUUUUUUACUACCAAAAAACUAGAUCCUCGGGCGUUGAUCUUUUUAAGAAGCUUAAAAUCAUGGAGACAGUUAUUGAUCUUCUCUUCUUACUUGAUUGGAACUUUGUUUCUUGUAAGAGCUUAUUUGGCAUUCUCCGGGUGGCUUCGGGUCUGAAGAUAAGCAAAUGUAGCAGGGAUAAGUUAGAGAGUAUGAUUGGUGUGCAGCUAGAUCAAGCAAAUCUGGAUAAUCUGCUUAUUCCAUCCCCACCAGGAAUCAAUUCUCUUUACGAUGUAAACUUAGUUCUAAGGUUCUUGAAGUUAUUUCUUCUUGGCGGUGACUCUUGGGUGUCGGUAACCCGAAUGAGGAAAGUGGCAAACUUAAUAGACUUGUAUAUGUCAGAAGUAGCUCCUGAUCCUUCUUUAAGACCUUCAAAGUUUGUUGCACUAGCCAUUGCUGUGCCUGAUUCUGGGAGAGACUCUUAUGACGGGAUAUAUCGAGCCAUGGAUAUGUAUCUUGAGAUCCAUCCAAGACUGUCCGAAGAGGAAAAACUGAAGAUAUGUUGUGCGUUGAACUAUGAGAAGCUCUCAUCGGAAGCCUGCAAGCACCUUUCUCAAAACUCGAAAUUCCCGUGCAAAACAACAAUUCAAGCUCUUGUUUCUCAACAAGGGAAGCAUAUGAAGUUGCAAUGUAAUACAGACAAGGAAAACAAAGGCAAGCUUAUAGAAAAGGAGAAAGAGCAAGUCGUGUUGUACACGAAAAAUCUGAAUUUCCCAGCAGAGAGUGAGGACCUCAGAGAACAUUUGCAAGGAAUGCAAUGGAGAGUGCUGGAAUUGGAAAAGAUUUCAAGUUAGAACUAAACACUGACAGCUCUCGUUUUACCACCCCAGGGUUAAUGGUCCGGUUACAACAUCGGCACACCUAUACAAAAGUCAAGGAAAUAAAAAGACUCCCAUAAGUGGCAGAUGACGUUAUGCCUGGGGAACUGUGGUAUAUACAGCUCAUGAGGUAACAGUUCGGAUCAGUAAUUCCUCUUUAGCUUUAAAACAUGCUCCACUCUUUUCAUGAUUUAUAGGGCUGAUACCGGCAUUACGGGGCUGAUACCAUUUAGCCGAUCCAAUGAUCAGGAUCGCUUAAGAUCUUGAGAUGGUAUCAGCCCCUAGUAAUAUUGGUAUCAGCCAUUGUAAAUCGCGACUCUCUUAGGCUUUCACCAGGUCCGUCCGACCAAAGGAACAAGUCUUUCCUUGUCCAUGAAUUUCUAGGGAUCAUGUACAGCCUUCCGCGCGUUUGGGCCCCGCUUCUCAUUUAGUGCGAAUACAAGAACACCCAUGAUCUCACGUACAGUGCAGGAUCCUGGUGAGAAGAAAGAUGAAGAAGAUCUUAACGUGGUGGUAGGGAAAGUUUGAUCUAAACUUCAACGCCUUGGGUGUUUUAGAUACGUAACUUACGUUUGUCUUUUUCCCUACUUGUCAAAACUGGUGUGGUCGAACACAACGUUAAGCAACGUUUAAAUCUUUGAAUCCA